AGACGCGACUAGCGACAGAGCUUUGCACAAGGCAGACACAGCUACCGUUUACUGACACCUUGAAGGGCUACCAACAUCGUCAAAUGGCUCUCAACCACACGAACUGGACUGCAAUCGGCAAGUUCCAAAGUUUCAGCCCUCUUGCGACGGCAGGCCUGUUCUUCGUUGUCCUGGCGAUCCGGCCUUUCUUUCCUAAGAAGAGCAAGACUGCAUCGCUUAUUCUGAGCCACCUGGAUCACAGACGGUUACUGCGAGCAUCGUGGGUAAUCUCACUAUCCUUCGUGAGUCAACUACUGUCUUUUUUCUUGGCUUUCCAUCCCCAGCGACUGAAUUGUCCAGGCUCUCGAAGCAGUGCUGUUUGCGAUCCGAACCCGACUCGGCACACAGGGCAAGCCGUCGCCAGACACGCCCAUCUACCUGCUCGGCUCUCUACUUGUCUGGCUCUGUCUAACCGUCGCUCUCUUUGAAUCGAGUCAGCCCUUUUGGCCGGCCUACUUUACCGCCUGGGCAUCCACUGCUGUCGCUGAUGUUGCAAUCUUCGCUCUCCGC